AUGGCGGAGGAGAAGGGCGCGCUGCAGUCGGCGAGGGAGUGGGUCGUAGAGCACAAGCUCCGGGCCGUCGGGACGCUGUGGCUCAGCGGCAUCGUCGGCUCCAUCGCCUACAACUGGUCCAGGCCGGGCAUGAAGACCAGCGUCAAGAUCAUCCACGCCAGGCUGCAUGCUCAGGCUCUCACACUGGCUGCCUUGGCUGGGUCUGCCCUGGUGGAGUACUACGAUCAUCAACAAGGUUCAGGAUCCAAAGUCCACCAAUAUGCAAAGCAGUUCCUAUCAUCUGAUAGCAGUAGCAGCCCACAAAAGGAGUAG